AUGGCGUCCGACAACGACUCCGAGAGAGGAGAGCGGCGACACACCGAGCGCGCCAUCUCCCUGCACGAGUCGGUCUCGCCCGAUCGCUGGUGCGUGAACUGGGCGGAUCUGAAGUACCUCAAACAGGAAGUGCGGCAGGCCAUCAAGAACGGAGAGAUAACGCCCCCUGACGAUGGGUCAGAUGACUUCCUGGGCACAGCUGAGAAUUACGGUCCAAGCAUCUACACUGUUACCGAUCAGCACAUCAAGCCCAUCACGCAACGGGCAGGCAAGAUGAGCUGGGCGCUCAUGAGACAUCCCGAGGGCCUCGACUGCGACGUCUUCAUCAGCCACGCCUGGCAAGAGGGCAUCUUCGAGUUCCUGUCCAAGGUGCUGCACUCACGGCCGCGGCACGCUCGUCAUGCUUGGUGCUGCAUGCUUGCGAAUCCACAGCAUCUAGACAUCGCAGCCAUGCUUCAGUCGCCUCGCCAUUCACCUUUCGCGGUUGCGCUCGAAGCUUCGACGACCGUCUUGGUGGUGCCAAACCGCCUCUGCUCCGUGUACACGCGGCUGUGGUGCGCGUACGAAGCAUAUUUGGCGCAGGAGCAGGGCAAAAUCAUCUUGAUUGCAAGAGCUUCGAACUGGCGGCGGGUUUGCAACGCCAUGUGGUACAUGGCCUUGGCCGCCUUUGUGGGUUCAGCCUUGGCAGUCUUGCUAGACUUUCAAGGCUGGACAAGGUAUGUGAACUUGGGAGUGACAUGCGUGGCAGCUAUAGCUGGUGUUGGCAGCAUGGUCACGGCCAAGAACACUCUCCGCGUUGCCUUGAACUUCAUUGGCGAAGUCAUGUGCUGGUAUCUGGUUGUAGAGUGGGACACAGUCGGUGGCCUGUACUCGCGACAUCCAAGUCCCUUCCUUGACUACGUCGCCGCCGUGACCCAGCGUGCAUGGAUCGUAUGUCUCGCCGCCACCUUCUUCCUGCUGGAAGUGGACCGCAUCAACAGCGAGGUGACGGGGUGGGAAGCGCAGCAGCUCGCAAGAGGAUACACGGGCUCCAUCGUGCACGCGACGUGCUCGCGCCCGGAGGACGACGAGGCUAUCCGCAGAGAGAUCGGAGGCACGGUCGAGGCCGUGGACUAUGCCAUCCAGGUCCUCAUGUCCGCUGGGAUGUCCACGCCGACCUUGCGCGAGGUUGCUGCCAGGGGCGUCUGCAUUCAUCAAGCUGCCAAUCCAGCGAUUGCACUGCCGAUGCUGCUGCUGGGGCCAUUUCUCAUGUUGACUUUCGUUACACUUAUCUUCGACUCCAUCUACCUCAGGGAUUCCAACCCCGAGUGGUUCGCGAGGCUGCUCCCGCUGAGGGCCACAACCGUCCUGCAGCGUGUGAUCAUGCUGCUGAAGAUCCGCUGCUCCCCACGAGAUGAGCGAUGCUACAUUUACCUGGUCAUACAGAAGUGUGCCACGGUGUACCUCGCAUUCAUCACGCCGGCAAUGGUUAAAUGCCAGCUGAAUGGGUAUCUCUCUUAUGAUAGCACCAGCACGUGGUUUCUGAUUCCACCCAUAGCCUACUCAACGAUGCUUGCGUUCGUGAUGCUGGGUUUCCGACGCACUGCGAAUCUUCCCUGCGGGCUCUACCUACUCCAGAUGUUUCUGGCUCGGGGCUUCCGCACUCUGUUCAUGACCACCACUGGCUGUGGAGCACCACCGAAUGAGGACUCGGAGUCAGACUCGGAGUCAGAGAUAGGCACGGACACCUCCUGA